GCGCCGCAGCCCCGCAGCCCGGCCGCCGCAGGGCCGGCGGGGAGCGAGCGGUAGCCGGCGGCAUGAGGCGCGACCCGGCGCCCGGCUUCUCCAUGCUGCUCUUCGGCGUUUCCCUCGCCUGCUACUCGCCCAGCCUCAAGUCGGUGCAGGACCAGGCGUACACGGCGGCGGUGGUGCUGGAGGGCAAGGUGCAGUCCGUGGGCCCCCCCGCCGGCGGCGGCAAUGACAGCCGCGGAGCCGCCGGUCCUGCCGGGGGGGUUUUGGUCAAGGUUCUGGACCUGUGGCCCCUCAACAGCGGCGGGCUGCAGCGGGAGCAGCUCAUCAGCGUGGGCUCCAAGGCUCCCUGCUUCAAAGUGAAGCGCAACCACCGCUACAUCUUCUUCCUGGAGCCCACCGAGGAGCCGCUCGUUUUCCGCACCGCCUUCGCCCCGCUCGACACCAGCGGCAAGAACCUCAAGCGGGACGUGGCGCGGAUCCUCUGCGCCGACUGCGCUGUCCCUCCCAAGCUGAAGAAGCUGAAAAGCCCAAAUGUUCACGUUGGUGAGAAGAUCUCACUGAAAUGUGAGGCGACUGCUGGAAACCCUCAGCCCUCCUACAAGUGGUUUAAAGAUGGCAAAGAGCUGAAGAAGAGCAAAGACAUCCGGAUCAAGUAUGGGAAUGGGAAAAAGAUUUCCAGACUGCAGUUCAACAAGGUGAAGCUGGAAGAUGCUGGGGAGUACAGCUGCGAAGCGGAGAACGUUUUAGGGAAAGACACCGCAAAAGGCAGCCUGAAUGUGAAAAGUGGAACAACGAAAGCACCACAAGUCUUACCAGCCUCAGAAACUAAAAUAGUUGUUAUGGAAGAAGAGUUAACCACAACUCUCUCCUCCUGGUCCGGGCAUGCUAGAAAAUGCAACGAAACAGCCAAGUCCUAUUGUGUCAAUGGCGGGGUAUGCUACUACAUCGAGGGGAUUAACCAGCUGUCUUGCAAGUGUCCGAUCGAAUUCACAGGAGACCGGUGUCAGCAUUUCGCAAUGGUCAGCUUCUCCAAGCAUCUUGGAUUUGAAUUAAAGGAAGCAGAAGAGCUCUACCAGAAGAGAGUUUUAACCAUCACGGGAAUCUGCGUUGCCUUGCUUGUGGUGGGCAUCGUCUGUGUGGUAGCUUACUGUAAAACCAAGAAACAAAGAAAACAAAUGCAUAAUCAUUUACGUCAGAACAUGUGCCCUGCCCAUCAGAACAGGAGCCUUGCGAACGGGCCAAGCCAUCCACGUUUGGAUCCCGAGGAAAUCCAAAUGGCCGAUUAUAUCUCUAAGAAUGUUUCUGCCACUGAGCAUGUGAUCCGAAGGGAAACAGAGACAACCUUUUCAGGAAGUCACUCCUGCUCUCCAUCUCAUCACUGCUCCACAGCCACUCCAACGUCCAGCCAGAGACAUGAAAGCCACACCUGGAGCUUGGAGCGGACGGAGAGUCUGACUUCAGAUUCCCAGUCUGGGAUAAUGCUGUCCUCAGUGGGAACCAGUAAAUGUAACAGCCCUGCGUGCGUGGAGGCACGGGCUCGCCGCGGGGCCACCUUCUGCAUCGAGGACUCACGGAGGCCCAUGACACAGUAUCGUGACUCGGUGGAUUCUCUGCGGGACUCACCACACAGCGAGAGGUACGUGUCGGCACUGACCACACCAGCACGCCUGUCACCUGUCGACUUCCACUACUCAAUGGCCGCACAGGUGCCCACCUUCGAGAUCACGUCCCCCAACUCAGCGCACGCUGUCUCCCUGCCCCCAGCAGCCCCCAUCAGCUUCCGCGUGGAGGAGCAGCAGCCCCUGCUGCGGCGGUACCAGCUCCCCUUCCAGGACACGCAGCGGUAUGACAGCUACUACCAAAGGAAGACCUACCUAAACGACAGCAUGGGCAGCCUGCCCUCCAGCCCCUUCCGCAUCACGGAGGACGACGAGUACGAGACGACGCAGGAGUACGUCACAGCGCUAGAGCACCCAAAGAAAACAGCCAGCAGCAACAGGCGGUGGAAAAAAUCCAAACUGAACGGGCACAUCCCUCACAGAGCCAGAGCCGUCCGGGACUCCUUCUCCUUCAGCAGCGCCUCUUACAGUGAGUCUGACGAGGAGCUGGUGGCCGAGAGCACGCCGUUCCUAAGCACUCAGAACAAUGAGGUGGUACACACAGGGUCGCCGCCGCUGCACCGGCCUGCUGACAGCCGGACUCACUACUCCUGCAGCAGGCACAGCGCGCCCGGGGAGAGCGGGCGCAGCAGCCUGGCGCACACGACGCCCAAACCCGACCCGGAUCCUCUCUAGGCGCCUCCCAGACUGGUGUGCCCACAGACAUGAGCUGCGCGGAGGAGGCCGAGGAGGGGAGAUGAGACAAAACAAAGAUAAAUAUUUUUAUUUUAUAUAAAAGAAGGGGAGGGGGGGAAAUUAUAACAAAUAAAAUGUUUUAUUUUCAUUUUAGCAAAGUUGUCUUAUAAUAGCUAACGACAAUGACUUUUUUAUAAGGAAUCUCUAUUUAUAUGUAAUGUCUUGAUUUACAGCUUCCAAGAAAAAAAAAAAAAGUUGAAAAAAAAAAAAGAAAACAAACAAUAAAGUUAAAAAAAAAGUGGGCCAA